AACUUCACUGCAUGGUUUACAUAUUCAUAGCUGUCAAAUCGUGUUAAUCGUGUGCCAAGUUGUACAGAAAUUACCAUACCAUCACCCGUGUUACUUUCGUCGUAUCACAUUUGGGUUCAAUUAAAUUGGAAAGUUAAUUGCAGUUGAAUAGAAUUUUUUUUUUAAUCGAAACUGAUGCAAUGAGUAAUAAGUCGGGGAGCAAUAAGGAAGCCAACAUUCGGGCUUUUUACGGUGAAGUGAAUAAGUUCUGCCAGAAUGGAGAGUACGACAAAGCAAUCAAGUCAUUAAACAAGAUUUUGAAUGUGAGCCCCGAGGACACAACUGCCUCUCACUGCAAAGUGGUUUGUUUGAUACAAACAUCCAAGUUCCAAGAGGUAGUACAGUUCAUUGAACGCUACAAAUUGAAUGACUUUGUGUUUGAAAAGGCGUAUGCUGAAUAUCGAUUGAAUGUUCCGGAAAAGGCGUUGAAAACCAUUGAUUUGGCCAAUUUGCCCAGCCCAUUACCGCCGAAUAUCAAGGAAUUACGAGCUCAAGUUUUGUACCGCUUGGAACGAUUCGAAGAGUGUUUUGAUGUUUAUCGUGAUAUCAUCAAGAACUCCGAUGACGAUUACGACGAUGAGCGGACAACGAAUCUAAGUGCUGUCGUGGCCAAUUUGGCGUUUGAGGGAACGCCAAAAGAAGUGCCAAAUCUUCGUGACGACACCUAUGAAUUGUGCUACAACGAUGCAUGCGCUGCAUUGGGCAAGUCUCAAUACGCCGACGCCGAGAAGAAAUUACGCACCAGCGAAAAAAUGUGCCGUGAACAACUCGAUGAAGACGAUGACGUCGAAGAAGAGGUGGCCAUAAUCAAGGUGCAAUUGGCCUAUUGCUUGCAAUUGCAAGGCAAAAUCAAAGAAGCCACAGCUAUUUACAGCGAUGUGCUGAAGCAUAAAUCAAGCGAUGUGGCACUAACAGCUGUUGCUAGCAACAAUAUGGUGGUGAUUAAUAAGGAUCAAAAUGUGUUUGAUUCAAAGAAAAAGAUUCGUGCUGCCAUGGCCGAGGCUUGUGAACACAAGCUCACCACUCGUCAGAAGAAAGCAAUCGCAUUGAACAAUUGCCUUUUGACAUUGUACACGAAUCAAGACGAUCAAGUCCAUUCACUUGUUGCUAAAUUGAUUCAAUCCUAUCCUGAUGUUGAAUUCAAGGGUCUUUUGAUUCGUGUCACACAAUUGGCGAAGGAUAAGAAGUUCAAAGAUGCCAUUGAACUGUUGGAGAAAUAUGGUAAAGCCAAUCCAAAGGAUGAAUUGGCCAUGAGGUUUGCCGUGGUUCAACUGCUGUUGAUGAGUGGCAAUCGCAAAGGUGCCAUUGACCAGCUUGAAUCGUUGCCAAGCAAGCAAAAGCAUCAACCUGGUGUUAUUUCGGCCAUCGUAUCGCUUCACCUUGGAAUGGACAACAAAACGGCGGCAUCGAAUGUGCUCAAAGAGUGUGUGGAAUGGUAUAAAAAGAACAAAUCAUCGUCUGCUGGUGAUUUGACGGACAUGUGGCGUCAAGCGGCCAAUUUCCAUUUGCGUGGCGGUGCAGCUGAAACAGCAGCAAGCAGUUUGGAAGAAUUGCUUAAAUCGAAUCCGACCGAUGAGAAGAUAUUGGCUCAGCUGGUGAUUGCCUAUGCAAAAUACGAUACAAAGAAGGCACAAGAAGCCAGCAAGCGACUACCAACUCUGGACACAUUUACGAAUAACGUUGAGAUUGAUGCUCUCGAAGCGACAAAUUGGAUGAUGAGCACCAAAGCAGCUAAGAAGGCUGCUACCUCAACACGAGGCGAUCAAUCGCCUGGAACACCUGGUUCCGAACCACAAAAACUCAAAAAACGAACACACCGCAAGCGUAAACCGAAAUUGCCAAAAAGCUAUAACCCAGAAGUAGCACCGGAUCCAGAACGGUGGUUGCCAAAAUACGAGCGCAGCAAUUAUCGACGCACGAAACGCGACCGUCGCAAUAAGGAACAAAUCAAGGGGUCGCAAGGCAUGAGCACAGGUGCCGCUGACCAAUAUGAUAUGAGCAAAAAUCCGAAUUUGUCAAAGAACUCACCAGCCACACCAGCCGCAACGGAGCCAGUCGCCGGCCCGGGUCCACGUCAACAUCAACGCAAAAAUCAACAGAAAAAGAAACGAAACAAUCGCUUUUCUGUUGCGCCCGAGAAAAUUCCUCUGAAUUUAUCGAAUUCGGGGAAUCAUAGAGCGAAUCAGAGACCGGGACAGUCAAGAUUGGAUUAUGAUUUAGCUGUUGAUGAUGCCGAACGACGCCUAUUGAAUGUUACUCAUCCGCCGGCCAUUGACCAUACUCGUUUACGUACGUCAAACCAUCAGAAAUCACCGUUCCAGAGCGAAGCAAAUGGCAAAAAUGUGUCACUGCUAGACACACAGCAGGGUCGAAAGCGUUCGAUUGGCAAUUUACGCGAUAUUAAUGCGAUGUCCGUCGCCAGUAUUUACGAUCGAGAGAACAACGAAAUCAUGGAUGCCGACAAUGACAUUUACAAUGACGUAUCGUUCAGUAAGCCACAUGCCCGUGCCAGUGGCGAAUGGGGCAGUGUUCUUGAGAUAAAUCUUGAACCUGCAGCAGAAAAGAGUAUCGGAGCCUCACCAAUGAAUAAUCACACAGAAAAGCAUCAUCCGGCUGAUUGCGAGAGCUGUUACAGUGAACCACCCGACCCAACUACAGUACAAUGUAGUGAAUAUACUUCGUUGUUUUUUGCCGAUGGCGAACGAUCGAUUGACUUUGUCAUCGUGUGGCAAAAAGUUGAAGAUGAUCCAGCACAAGAGAAUCUUAACUGCACAAAACGAGCCAUCUUCGAAGAUAAUCUUGUCAACGAAGGCUUGGAAUUGGAACGUGAAUCCGUUGAACAACUUAAUUUCACCAAAAUUCAUACGCCCAUCGAAGUCCUAAGACGAUAUGCAGAAAUCCUGAAACUUCGAAUGCCCAUGAAAGAGUCACUGUCUUUAGUACAAGAAACUAAUCGAUUUUCACGACUAUCGAACGCGGCACUUUUUAUCUCCACCAAGAUCCCAGGAUUUCGAAGCGUUCAAACCAAAACCGUUUCGGCGUAUGACAAAUUCAGCGGUUGCUGUCUUAAGCUAAGGAAUUGCUUUGCUGUAGAUGAAGAACACUUUCCGAGAAGGUCUACAAGAUUCACAGCGGUUUAUAGUCGUGACAAGGAGUAUUUAUUUGACAUUCAUCAUGCAUGUUUCUUUACGCCAGCCAUUCGGUCUCGAAUUGUUCAAUUCAUAUUGGAUCGCAAGAGGUGGUCAAAACUUGUCGAUGAUGAUUAUGCAUUCGGCAUUGAUCGAUUAAUAGAUGAGGGCGUGUAUAUUGCUGCGUACCCGUUGCAUGAUGGAGAAAUAUCAGUGCCCGGAAGUGUUCGUCAUUUAUUAUACAAAGAAUGGGCUAGUGUGGCGAAGUUUUAUCGCUAUCAGCCGUUGGAUUAUGUAAAGGAAUACUUUGGUGUUAAAAUCGGACUUUAUUUCGCUUGGUUGGGAUAUUACACGUAUAUGUUGCUGUUAGCAUCGGUUGUUGGCUUUGGUUGUUUUUUGUAUUCUGUUCUCACAUUGCAGUAUGAUACUCCAAGUCAGGAAAUUUGCAACGGAACCAUGAGCAACACUAUAAUGUGUCCGCUUUGUGAUAGGCUGUGUGGUUAUUGGCCGCUGAAAGACUCGUGUAUGCACAUUAAAAUCACGUAUCUCUUCGAUAACAAGGCUACGGUGUUCUUUGCUGUUUUCAUGUCAUUUUGGGCUGUUUUGUUCCUUGAACUAUGGAAACGGUAUUCAGCUGAAAUUACGCAUCGUUGGGAUUUGACCGGGUUCGAUUUGCAUGAAGAGCAUCCACGCCCGCAAUAUCUCGCCCGAUUGGCUCAUGUGAAAAAAGUUCGCAUUGACUACAUUACAAAUACCGAAGAACCGGAUCCACCAUUUUGGAGAAUGAAACUUCCAGCCGCUGUUUUCAGCUUUUCAAUUGUAAUUUUGCUUGUCGCUUUGGCAUUUGCGGCUGUUGUUGCCGUAGUUUUAUACCGAAUGUCCUUUUUGGCAGCACUCAGUGUUAGCAAAGAUCAAUUUACUACGGCACAUGCAAUUUAUAUCACCACAAUUACCGCUGCACUGAUCAAUUUAGGGUUGAUCUUCUUAUUCAGUUGGUUCUACAUUUGGCUCGCUGAAUGCUUAACCGAAUUUGAAAUUCUUCGCACACAAACUGAAUUCGAUGACUCGCUAACGCUAAAAAUCUAUCUCUUCCAAUUUGUCAACUACUACGCUUCAAUCUUUUAUAUCGCGUUCUUCAAAGGGAAAUUCAUUGGGUAUCCGGGCGAUUACAAUCGUUUCUUCAACUAUCGACAAGAAGAGUGUGGCUUCGGUGGUUGUAUAACCGAGCUCUGCAUUCAGUUGGGAAUCAUCAUGGUUGGCAAGCAGGCAAUGAAUACCGUGCUCGAAAUGAUUCAACCUCGCAUAUACAAAUACUAUAACACUCUGCGAGUGCGCUUAUCAAGACGUAAAAGUAUGGCGGCCAACAAGAAUGCACCGCGAUGGGUGCGUGAUCUCAAACUGGUGCAAUGGGGCCCACAAAGUCUGUUCAAUGAAUAUCUCGAAAUGGUAUUACAAUAUGGAUUUGUCACCAUUUUUGUGGCUGCAUUCCCACUCGCACCAUUUUUUGCACUGUUGAACAACAUUUUGGAGAUGCGCUUUGAUGCCAAAAAACUGCUCAAGUUCCAUCGGCGUCCGGUGACGCAGCGUGUAUGUGACAUUGGUGUUUGGUAUCGCAUCUUGGAUAGUAUUGGAAAGUUGAGCGUCAUUACCAAUGGAUUUAUCAUUGCUUUCACAUCAGAAUUUAUACCAAGAUUGGUCUACCAAGUGUAUAGGUCAAAAGAUGGAAGUCUUAGAGGUUACGUGGAUUAUUCAUUAUCGGUUUUCAACACAAGUGACUUUAAAAAUGGUACAGCACCGCAAGAUGCAAGCUAUUCCGAAUGCAGAUACCCUGAUUAUCGAUAUCCUCACGAGUCAUCGCAUCCAUACUCACGCACAUAUUUAUUCUGGAUCAUUUUGGCAUCUCGACUUCUAUUUGUGCUUAUCUUUGAGAAUUUCGUUGCCUUUGUGAUGAUAUUGGUGCGAUGGGCCAUUCCGGAUAUGUCCGCCGAGUUGAGAGACCAAAUAAGACGAGAAGCUUAUAUUACGAAUGAAAUCAUUAUCAAACAAGAAGCUGAACGGGCUAGAAAGCAACAUGACGUUGCGGAUCGUAUGGGUGAUGCCAGCAUUGAGCCAGAUGCCGGCCUGAAAAAGGCAGAGCAAUUAAUGUCGAGCAAUUUGUCUGGUUCGCAAUUAGAUUUAUUUAUGCACGGAGAAGGAGACCCAUUUGCCCCGGGACACGUUAAACCACAUCAAUAUGAACAAGGCUCACAUGACAAUGAACUCAAUAAAAUGUUUUUAGAAUCGGAAAAAAAUCGAAUCUCACACAAACCCAACUCGAAAAAUAGCCUAAAUAAUCCCGAUAUGAAAGAAUACGGUGAACCAACGACAGAAACGUCAACAUUAUAAAACACCUAAGACUAUGACAUUAAGCUCGAAACACUUGACUGAAUUACUCUUGAAAUUGACUUUAUUAGCAAAUUUUGUUAGCAAAUUAAAAAAAAGAACAAAUUAACAAAUGAUUUAAUUUAUUCAUUAAAAACUUGGUGAAAAAAUACCAAGAAAAGACAUUUUAUCGCUUUUUGCCAUUAACGAAAUCGCUUUCAGGGAGUUCACCAAAAUGAAACUACUCUAAUCUAUUCGAAUGUUAACCAUGCCUUGAAUGUUUAUUGCAACAAAAAAGAGAAAAAAAACUAUGACUUUUAAUGGACAAGCACAUUUAUUGGAAUUGUAUUAAAAAUUGUCUCCAUUAUAUUUGUCGGCUUGAAUUGAUCGGCUAGUUUUGUGAUAUUUAAGUUUAA